UUCGCAAAAGCAGGUGUACCGCUAAAACCACCUCCCCCUGUCCACCACGUAAAACCCAACGACAAAAACAAGAGAAGGAAAGCGAGGGGGAAAAAAACACAGAGAACUACAAGACCACGGUGAUCCGCUUACGGCUGACUUGCAUGGUUAGUUUUCCUGCUGGUACGAAAUACUAAGACCUGCGCUCUAUUCUCCUGCGAUUCAUUUGGCAAUAAAAACGAGAGGCGUCACUUUCUUCAAAGUUUACUGAAACAAACUACCAUAUUGCUGGAGCUGUCAUUUUUACGCUUUCACCCCAAAUAUUUACUCAAUAAAAUUUUUGUGUUUUCUCCGAAUACCUUUCUUUUCACACAAUAUUGAUACAGAACAACAGGAACUGUUUCAUCAUUGGAACCCUACAGCGAUUUGAGCGACGGAAAAAAAUGAACGUCACUUUAUUUAACCAGACUGUCCUCACACAGGGAUUGUUCUUCAACAGAAGCCAGGACUUGGCCGGUACCCUGGUGGGCUGCUGUAACGGGAGCACCAUAGCCACAAGUGACGGAACUUCGCUGGUUCUGCCUCCGGAUGAGCGCAAACUCUUCGUUACGCGGGUGGUCCAGAUAGCGGUGCUGUGCGUUUUGUCACUAACGGUGAUCUUUGGCAUCUUUUUCCUCGGUUGCAAUCUGAUGAUCAAGUCAGAAAGCAUGAUCAACUUUCUCGUGAAGGAGCGGAGACCGUCUAGGGACGUGGAAGCGGUCAUCGUCGGGAUGAACUAACCACGGCCGCGCCGCGGGAGUGAGUGCACUGCUGGCGCGCAACCUGCUCAUGGAUGUCGCCCUCGUACUUGGUUUCCAGGGUGGCUAGAGAUAUGCAAAGUAUUUCGAUUAGGAUGUGAGAAUAUUUUAAUCGCCGGUAAUGAUCGCGAAGAAGAAAGUAAAUCCAGCAUGCCCUGUUGCUUUCGGAAAGUGGCGUCAUUGUUGUAAUUCACUGAAACAAGUUCGUUAGAAAUGAAACAUGAAUGUCUUGCCGUUCCGCGUGAACUUUCGGGAAACGUGCGUUUUCCUCUUUUUACUCCGAGAAAAACAAGGAAUGUUAAAUCUAAUUAUUUCCUCAUCCUCGUUUUUAACGUUACCUUCCUUUGAUUCCGGAGGGUAAAAACUUUUUUUAACCUCUGAAUUUUAUUGUUACGAUCAGUGUUUAUUGUAAGGCUUCAUUGAACCUUUACAGAUGUCAACACCUAACGCAUGGGAUUCGUGCAUGGGAUACGUAAAUGAGUAGAGAUUAUGUGAAUAUUCUGUAUGAUGAUUUUUUUCCCCCACAUAUAGGCUUGUUUUUAAAAUGCACGCACGGAGAAGCUCACUAAAUUGCAGGGAAUGCGCAUGUUUAAUUAAAGUCGUUUUUGCACUUUCUUCAAGGAUGGUAUUCCUGAAAGAAUAGCGGUGCUUGUUUGUUUACGGUGAAUCUGAAUACACUGUUUUUUGCACUUUUAUGAAUUUGCAGAAGCUAUAUGAUGUUUUGUAUUCGACUGAAACUUAAAAUAUGCAUGACGCAUUGAAAAUAAAAACUAUGGUUUUCCGGGAUUGUAUAUGCUUACAUUAUUGAUUAUUAGUGGUGAGCAUUAAGGAAUAAAUUGUUCUGUCUGACCAAUA